AUUCUGAUUAAUUUCCGGUGCAACAUUUCUAUCAUGCAACACUCUAAUGAUAUCACCUCUAUAUAGAACUAUAAUAAAAUCAGAGAAAAGAAAUAAGAAAAAGCAUACUAUAUGAUAAAGAGUACGAUGUGUGUAAACAAACUCUACUGGCUCUUUUUCCUUGGCUCAAUCCUGCCGUCUUCAGGGGAAGCCCCGCGCGCCGAGGGCUGGUGGGUGGGCCGCCCGCAGCCCUAUUUCUCCGAGUCGCCCACCAACGUCACGCUGAUCUCUGGCCAGACGGCUUACCUCCCCUGCAGAGUGCACAUGCUGGCCGACCGCACGGUGACCUGGAUGCGGGUGCGAGACCUCCACAUCCUCACCAUCGGCCUCGUCACCUACUCCGCUGACGACAGGUUCCAGGUGCUGCACAGCCCGGAAACAGAUGACUGGACGUUGCAGGUGCAAUACAGUCAACCGAGGGACUCCGGGACCUACAAAUGCCAGGUCAAUUCAGACCCAAAGAUCGUCCGGAAUGUCCAUCUCACUGUCACAGACAAGCGGUUCCUGGACAGCCAGCUGCACCGACCGCCGACGCCCGCGGACAAGAAGGCCGGCUACGGGACAUACAUCCUCGGCGCCAGCGAGAGGUUCCUUCAAGCGGGGUCGUCUCUGUCGCUGGUGUGCGUCGUGACCCACACCCUCGCCCCCCCGACGGCUGUGCUCUGGUACCACGACACGGCGAUCCUCGACUACGACUCCCCGAGAGGCGGGAUUUCCCUGCAGGUGGAGAAGACAGGAGAGCAGACCACGUCGAGACUUCUUCUCUCCUCAGUGCACGAAGAGGACUCGGGGAACUACACGUGCGUGCCAGUCAACGCCCCGAAGGCCUCGGUGUCCGUGCACGUCAACAGCGACGAGUUGCGGGCGGCGGUGCAACAGGAGGGCGUGAACGGCGCCGCCUUCGUCAGCCCUUCCCCGGGGGAUCUCCUGCAGACGUGUCUCGUGGCGGCCGCCCUCGCUCGCCUCGCCGCCCCCUCCGCCCUGUCUUAGCACGCCCACCCCUGCGUCGGGCCUGCUCCAGCGUCUCGUGCCUGCAACCGCGACAACAGCCUCCGUGCCUCCGUGUACUAAACUCACGUGCGCGGCCACUGACACUGUCCACACGUGCUCGAUUAUGCUGGUCUCGUCAGCAUUCGAAGAAAACCACAAGCGACCAGACAGUGGCAUUUCCACA